UGUUUUUCUGCAAUUUUGUUAAAUAACUACCCUUUGCCGGCGAAUAAUUAUCGACUCGUGAACCUGUAAUUGUUAAAUAAGGUUUAAAAAUGGCUUUUGUGUUAAGAUUUGCAAAAGCUGUUCGAAACAACUGGAAGAAGUCUACAGUUUUUGCUAGUGCGCUGGCGUACGGUGUGUCGUACUCAAAUGAAAAAUACGAAAUCAAACAGCUUAUGCGACACUAUUGCGCCGAAGCAUCGCGAUAUGGAGAUGUUAAAAUAGGCCACAACCAACAACCACCGAAAGUUUUAGUUCUUCUCAAUCCAGCUGCCAAUCGAAAAUCAUCUGAAGAGGACUUUCACAACUACUGUGAACCAAUUCUACAUCUUGCCGGUUUUGAGGUGGACGUUGUAAAGACCGAUUCCGAAGGACAUGCCCGACGAUACGUGGAAGAGCUAGCGGUUCUACCAGAUGCACUCAUUGUUGGAGGCGGAGAUGGAACGCUUUCCGAAGCGGUGUCCGGAAUGAAACGCCGCGCUGAUGGAACACAGUGUCCCGUAGGGGUGCUGCCAUUAGGUCGAACAAACACGCUUGCAACGAAACUGUUCGCUGCCGAUAGUGCAACGAGUUCUGAUUUGGAAAAUGUUCGCACCAUGGCCAACGCAGCCUACGCGGUCAUUGCGGGGAAGAAAGAAAAGAAAGAUGUCAUGCGUAUCGAGGUCCUACCGAAUGCGGCCGAUGAAAAACCUCCCGAAAAACCGGUAUACGCCGUCGGGGCGCUUCAGUGGGGCGCCUUUAGGGAUAUUCUUGCACUGAGAGAUAAAUACUGGUACACAGCGUCACUGCGUGACUACACCGCUUUCCUUUUCAAUGCCUUUGAUGGGGCGCACACGUGGAACUGUAAAGCGAAGCUUACGUACACGGAACCAUGCCUUGGGUGUAGUAAUUGCUACAAAGAUAUGGAUGAACAGUGGGCCGCCACGAAGAAACAGGAACAACAGCCUAGACGAUGGUGGUCAGUGUUUGUGCCACGAACGAAAACUUCCCCCAAGACAGAUUAUUCUAAAAUUGUUAAUGAAAACUGUUCCAUUCGUCAUGAAAUUGAAGUGGAUCCUUCGGAACUUGUUAUCAAGACAGGUAACGUAGAGGAUGGAAGCGAGGAGGUUGACACGAAGGAAAAAUCCAUGUUGAACUUAGUUUUAGGGGAACAGGUGGACUCUAGCUUCGGUUUCAUCGGUAACAGUUGGGGGCGGGUGAAGGGUAGAAAAUUCUUCGAAUGUCCCGCAACGGACAAUAUUAGCAUUCGCACGGUUGAGCUGCUACCGGAGCGGAUAAAAGUAGAAGAGACCGAUCCGGAAAUGUAUUAUUCCAUCGAUAAUGAGGCUUACGAAGUGCGACCUGUAAGAAUAACACUUGUUCCGAAGGCAGUUGAAGUGUUCACCUUCUAAAAAUGAGGUUGUAAAAUAAAUCAAAAAAAUCAAAAAAUUGUGCAUCC